UCUACCUGUCAGGUUGGAACUCCAGAGCUGGCUACAAACCUGACUGGAAAUUGAAAACGAACCAGCGCCAUGGAGUCUCCACUGAAGACUUCGCCCGUCAGACCGGGCUACCACAGACUGGAGGUCCAGAAAACGACGUGGGACGUCCCGGAGAGAUACACGGCGCUGAAGUCGAUUGGCUCCGGGGCCUACGGGACAGUUUGUUCUGCCGUUGACCAGAAGACUAAGGAGAAGGUGGCCAUCAAGAAGCUGUAUCGUCCUUUCCAGUCCCUCAUCCACACCAAACGGGCCUACAGGGAACUCAGACUGCUCCGCCACAUACAGCAUGAAAAUGUGAUCUGCCUCCUUGACGUCUUCACACCUGACUUCACACUGGACAAAUUCCAAACCUUUUAUAUGGUAAUGCCAUUAGUAGCCCAGGAUCUGGGCCACAUUAUGAAGAGGCGGAGAUUAACUGAUCGCAUCAUCACAUACCUGUUCUACCAGCUUCUAAGGGGACUCAAGUAUAUUCAUUCUGCAGGGAUCGUUCAUCGGGAUCUGAAGCCCGGAAACAUUGCUGUGAGCGAGAACUGUGAAUUAAAGAUCCUGGAUUUCGGCCUGGCAAGACAGACAGAAGGUGAAAUGACUGGUUAUGUUGUGACACGCUGGUACAGAGCACCAGAGGUCAUAUUCAACUGGAUGCACUACAGUCAGACAGGUACGAAUAUUACCUUCCCUUUAAUACAAAGAGUCAGUUUGUCAGAAAUAAUAACAGAAUAUUGCAGUAUGCUACGGCAAAAGUAUUACAUUUUUGUUAUUAAAAUUCUCUCCCUCACAGUGGAUGUGUGGUCAGCUGCCUGUAUCCUGGCUGAGAUGAUUACUGGCCAGGUGCUUUUCCCAGGAGAUGACAGUAUUGAUCAGCUGAAGAGGAUCCUCCAUCUGACAGGAACACCAGACUCCUCCCUAGUCCAGAAGAUGCAGAGUAAAGAUGCGCAAUCGUAUGUGAAUGGUCUUCCCCCGCAAAAGAAGAAAAACUUCAAGGAAGUGUUUGCGUCCAUGGAUGGAAAAGCUGUAGACCUACUGGAGGGGAUGUUACUGCUGGACCCGGAGACGAGGCUGACAGUUAAGCAGGGACUGUCGCACCCCUUCCUGGCUGAAUAUCAUGACCCAGAGAGCGAGCCAGACUCCGAGCCGUAUGACGACUCCUUCGAGAACAUGGAUCUCGCUGUUGGGGAGUGGAAGAGUCUUAUCCACAUGGAGAUCAUGACCUUCGACCCCGACAACCCCAGCAAGACAGCCAUGUAGACGCUGUGAUGUGCUGGCACCUACCAACGUUUGGUUAUAAUACAGACACCAACUGUAAAGGUCAACACUGUCAAGCUGAGACAAACAAAACAACAUCAAAAGUAGUUUUGGUGCAUCUGAUAUGUAUUGCAAUUAAAAUGCAUUAUCAAAACGGCAGCUUUACUUUGUUUGGCGGCCUGUACAGGACAAGGUUUGUUGUUCUGUCAUAUUUAGACACCAAUUUCAAUAGAAAUGGCAUUACCUCAAACUUGAUCAAAAACGCUGAACCACUGAAUUAUAAAAUGCUGUCUGCUCAUUUCAAAAAGUAUAAAAUAUAUUGACGAAAUAAUCUUAACUCAAGGUCUUGACCAGAGGUGGAAAGUAAUGAAUUACAUUAACUCACGUUAGUGUAACUAGUAGUUUUUUUUUUUUUUUUUUUUUUUUUAAAGUAGUUUUUAAAAUUUUACUUUAACUUAAGUAUGCUUUGUUUGACGUGUUGUACUUUGCUACAUUUUGGGUAAAAAGAAAGUGAAUAAAAAAGGGCUCUAAUGUUGCUUUGCGCCGUUGCUUUGUGCCCUCAUCAAAUCACAAAACACAGUGAUUUAAUCAAAUAAGUAAGUAUAAAUUAGAUAUUAAAGGUGCCCUGCCACACGUAUUUCAUUACUUUGUGGUAAUGUCUGAAGUUCUACCAUGGACUCAGUAACAGUUUUUGUGGAAAAAAGGCCUUGGUUACCUUGUUUCAAGCCAUUCUAGCAUGGGAUAUAAAGCCUGCAGGACGACUCAGCUCGAUUUGUGCCAGUUCUCAUUAAUAUUCAACAAGCUAAGUGGCUUGACUCUGAUUGGCUAACAGCUAGCCAAUGAGAGCCUAGCUAUCAGCAUCCUUUA